AUGUUGCUGCAUUCGAACGGUGUAAGUUUGCUUUCACUUUUCGUCAUCACUGUGAUGUUGUUUGCGCUCUCCGCCGGAUAUCCUUCCAAGGAAAAAUUAAAGAUUCGCAUACAUGUGCCCGUGAAGCAUCACACACACGUACACACCAAAACCGUCAUAAAGAAAGUACCGCUGCCAAUACCGGUGCCGGUAAAAGAACAUGAACCCGUCAAAGAGCAUCAUCACCAUCAUUAUGAGAAGGAGGCGGAGGCGGAGGAGGACUUUGAAGGUUAUGAUUAUCCGAAGAAAAAGCGACAAGUGCGGCAUCCUUUCGUUUGA